GCGCAGUGUCGUGCCGAUUGAAUCAGCUGCCACUGUCAGAGCAAGGGAAACAGGCUGUGUGCUUCAUUUCUAACAUUUGGGAGUUAUCUCUAUCACAUUAAGUGCGUGCUACGAAGUUCAACAUUUCUUCAGUGUUUUAGACAUAGACUUAGAACAUGUCCUCGGUGUUUUAGACAUAGACUUAGUGACAUUGACGGAUCUAGGGGGUGGGGCUGUCAGUAGAAGCGCAAGGACAAGGCAAGUUAUGUCAAAUAUGGAAUGAAACAUGAAUUACGUUUUUUUAAAGACAACUUACAUUAUUACUUAAGUUACACCACCGCCCCCCGCCCCCCCCCGCCCCCCCGACUAACCCUUUUCUCACGUUGUAAUGUGUUCACAUGUGUAUUUAUAAAAUUAAGUGUUCUGAUUAUAGCAUAGAACUACUUCCUGUGGGUAAACAAUGUGUGACCUAUCAAUGUGCUAGUUCAGUGGUUCUUAACCUGGGUUCGAUCGAACCCCAGGGGUUCGGUGAGUCAGUCUCAGGAGUUCGGCGGAGGUCCAAAAAAAAAUUCAGAAAAAAAAAAAUCAUAUUUUAUUUUUCCUAUUAAGAAGGGUUUGGUGAAUGCGCAUGUGAAACUGGUGGGGUUCAGUACCUCCAACAAGGUUAAGAACCACUGAGCUAGGGGAGAAGAAAAAAAAAUGUUGAUAUUUUUUUAUACUUUCGACUUCAUCAUCAUGUAAGUUAAAGAGUUGUUUCCCUUUUAUAAAAUGUUUACGUGUAGCCAGCCUAAUAAUGUUCAAGUGUCAAAUCUUUGUAGCUCAAAGAGUAAAGCUGAUCCUGUUACUUUGUGUUUAACAUUCAUUAUAGAUCAGUCCGCAUUACAAAUUACAGUUGAACGGCACGCAAAAGGAAAGUCUCGACUCCAUGACUUACUAGAGGUCCCACUGAAACAAACACUAAAGUGAUGGUUGAAAUAAAGUGUGGAAGCUGUGGUGUAAAUAGAGUUUGUGACACUUGACUGAAAAUGCCGCCCCCGUGACGUCAUUUAUGGAGAGCCCCCUUUGGCUAGAUGUUCAUACUCUGUUUUAAUGGCAUUUAUUGUGUAGAACAGGGGUCUCAAACUCGCGGCCCGCUGGCCAUUUGCGGCCCGCAAGACGAUAUUUUGCGGCCCGAUACAUGACAGCAAAAGUUUAGUGUAAUGCGGCCCGCGAGUUUUCCCCAUUCUCAUAUAUAAAUAUAAUGUGACCCUCCGCGCCGGUUUCAGUCGAAUCUCAGCGACUAGUCUAAUUCUGGUUUGUAUUAUCCUUGUCUAGAUUUGGACGUUGAUUGUAAUGGUCAAAACCGUUUUUAAACCAGACUAAACGUUUUUAUUUCAUAGUAUUUUAUGAGACAAACAUGGCGGCCAAAGUGCGGGUUUGAGAAAAGUUUAAAAAGUCAGUUAGUGGAUAAUGCACAACCAUAUUUGUGUAAAUCGUAACAAUCUGACACAGUAUCAAAGAAUCCCUAUUAAAAUUGCCCCUACUGUUAACGAGUGAGGGAAAUUCCGAGCAUGUCAGCUUGGUUCCAUUUCAAAAUAGGGUUAGGCAAAAAAGGCCUUUUCUACGAAAAAAAAAAUCAAAAUUCAUUCUCCCUACAAUAGCAUCUUCCUUCACAUCAAUAAUUCAUAAAUAUUGCCUGCUCCUGCCUACUGUCUGACCAAAUUUUAGCAUUCAAAGCCUUCAUGGAGAAGGUUGGGGUGGUUCUUCCUGGACUAAGUGAUCCCAAAUGGCUCAUGGACUUGGAUUUUAUUGUUGACCUUACACAGGGGCUGAAUAUACCCAAAAACAGUUACAAGAGCAGGGGCAACUUGUUAGUUUUGCUUAUGACAAUGUCAGGGCAUUCUGCACAAAACUUGUGUUAUGGUUCUUAGAGAAACCUCUGCCAUUUCCCAAACAUGAAAAGUACCCAUGGAUUUGAUGACAUUUAUUUUGACUUCAAAAUACAGAGUCACUUUUCACCUUUUUGCUGAUCCUUUCUCCUUUAAUGUGAAAGAUGCGCGCCCUCUCCCCCCCCCCCUCUUUUUUCGCUUCCAAUGGAGCAGAUUGAUCUUCAGUGCAAUUCUAAGUUCAGGGACUGAAUGGAGAAACAGACAAGCAUGGUCAGUUAAUGAGAGCAUUGUCCUCCACUUUCACUGAGAUUUCCAGGUUGAUCAAUCGGAUCCUUUGCCUUUUUUGGGAGUACCUAUCUGUUUGAAAAACUUUUUUCCCGCUAUGGAAUUUAACAAGUCAAAGUUCAAGGACAAACUUACUAAUGAGCAUCUCUAAGCUAUACUGAGGGUCUCAGUUGUUUCCUCACUUGUGUAAGAAGAAGCGCUGCCAGCUCUCUGGCAACGAGCAGUUGGAGGAAGAAAGUGAAGCCUAGUUCUUGGGAGCCCUUGAUGUUUUAUUUUGUUAUUAUCAAAGGUUGAGCAAAUUGUAACGGGUGUACUUUAUUGAAUUAUUUUUUUGUAAUCGCUUUUUUAAAACUUGAUGCGGCCCAGUCUCACUCAGACUCUACUUCAUGCGGCCCCCGGAUGAUUUGAGUUUGAGACCCCUGGUGUAGAAGGAGUUAAAUUAAUAGUAGUUUUAAAAAUAGGCCUUUUUAAAGAAGAAAAUUAAAGUACGCAGGGUUCUUACUUCUUUUCUUAUUAGUUUUUAGUUGUCAAACAUGCAAAAAACUUCAUUGGACAUAUUCCUCGGACUCUGUUCAAUUCAAGCCUGGUGCUAGUUUAAUUUUAAAGUAGCAUUGCGAUGAACUACUCUGGCUUAACGCCAGGAAAUAAUCUCCCUAGGCUUAAAAUGUAUUCGUUGUUAUUCUCUCAAUUCUCUAUUUAUGUUUAGUCAUGCUGUUUUCUCAUGUUCGUGAUUCUAUCAAUCGGUAAAAGAUGGCCGACAUGCAAAUCCCUAUGACAUCUUUACUUCUGCCACCUCUGAGUACCUCCAAGAAAUCAUUAAAGGGAUUACUAAAAACUUUUUUUUUAAUUUUAAAUUUAGAAGGUUCACCCUUAAGCUUUGUGUUAUUUCUAUAAUUUAAAAAAUUAUCUGCAAUCUUAGAAACUUUGCUUACCUGGCUAAGUUAACUAAGUUUUUUAAUGUGCCUGUUUGAAGUUAUAAAAGUGCAAAUAAUGGAUAUUAUACAUCUACAUGUAUUCGUUUGGUAUAGAUCCUAACGAGUGUCAGAAAAGAAAAUUUUUGACCCAAAUGUCUACCAGGCCUAUUUAACUCAGUAUCGUAAAUGAGCGCUUACACACACACAUAUAUAUAUAUAUAUAUAUAUAUAUAUAUAUAUAUGUGUGUGUGUGUGUGUGUGUGUGUGUGUGUGUGUGUGUGUGUGUGUGUGUGUGUGUGUGUGUGUGUGUGUGUGUGUGUAUGAGCGCUUACACACACACAUAUAUAUAUAUAUAUAUAUAUAUAUAUAUAUAUAUGUGUGUGUGUGUGUGUGUGUGUGUGUGUGUGUGUGUGUGUGUGUGUGUCUGUGUGUCUGUGUGUGUGUGUAUGUGAUUCAGGGGUUUUAUUUGAAGCAAAUGUAUCAUAUUUUCAGCAUUUUGCUUCUGUAAAUGCAUGCUAAAUACAUACAUUGGUCAAUAGGAAUAUUAUAAUUUAACCUGUCUGUCGAUGAAGCUGUAGAUAAAUAUAAAUUGAAGAAUGGCUUAAUUUUACACGACAGUUUUUGAAGGCGAAAAAAAAAAUAUUUCAUGCAUUCUCUGUGAAUUUUUCCUAAUUAAUGUGUUUAAAUACUUCUACAGCCUCUGAAGAUUUAUUUUCAACAAGUUAUACUGCUGGGAACAUCGCACUUGCCGGUUUGAAGUGCUGACACAUCUCACUUGGUUGUUUCAAGAAAGAGACGUGAGAGGGCCAUCUCACUAAAUCAGACAGAAAUAAAAUCUGGGCUGGUCACAAUGACGUCAUUCUAUGGCAUCGGUAUCAUGUCGGGGACCUCGUUAGACGGCCUUGACCUCUGCUCGGCUGAAUUUACUGGUGAUUCCGAGGCAGACAUCUGGGGUUACAGAAUAGAGCAGGCUGUGACGGUGACCUACAGCAAAAAUAUGCAAGAGAGAUUGGGAAAUGCCACAACUCUGUCAGGAAUUGUGAGUGGUCACCAAUUUCAUAAUAGCGUACUGGAGCUAUACAUAUCCUUAAGGGGUCAUCCAUAAAUGACGCCACCCAUCUAGUGGGGAGGGUCACGAAUUUGUAACGAUGUAUUUGGAUUGUGUCUUAAAUUUUAUGACAAAUUUGUGGCGAUGGGUGGCCCAAAAAAAAAGGGGGGGUCAGUAAAGGACGCCAUCACUUCCUUCCUUGGUGGUACGGACUGAGUCAUGAGCGCCCCGCAGAAAACUUUCGGGGGGGGGGGGGGAAAAAAUCGAUUAACUUUCUAGGGGGGUAGCAAAAUUUUUUUAGUAAUGUUUUAAUGUAGUUUUCAUUUACUGUAGCGUAUUUGUAUGGUGAACGAACGGACAGGACAUCAGCUUAGUUACUUUCACUUUAUUUUCUCUUUACUUUAAUAAAUUUUUUGUCUAUUCAAGUGCCCCUCCCCCCAGUGGGCGCCCAUGGACUGAGUGUAACAUUGUAUGUGGGCCCUCAAAAUAUAGAAAAAGAUAUUGCUCAGAGUUUGCACCAGUUUUAAUCAGAAUAGUAUUAAUUAUUAAUUUUCCAAUUUCUGUCUCAUAAAUACUUUUUAAGAGCGUUUGUUGUUAGCCCCUGGCUUCUAUUUAUACCAUUUGCCAGUUUUCCAUUUCAAAUCAAACGUCUGACUAUUGAUCUAGUUUAAUUAUUACAAAUUAAAACGCAAUUAAUUUAUUUAAAUUGACCACGAAACAACAUAUAGUUCUAACUCAAGCUAUCUCAGUAGUAUAUACAGAUAUUGUAAUUUUGUUAGGCCAUAUUUGAAAGAUAAUUAAUUAAGUUGGAUAGAAUUUUAUUGGAUUCUUAUUAGCUUCAUGAAUUUUUUUUUUUUAUGUAGGCCUGUAUAUAUUAUAUACAUUUAUUUUUGUAAUGCCUCUUUAUAACAAAAGAAAUGUCGUUUUUCAUUUGCUUAAUCAUGUGUUUGCCUUUAUUUAAAAUCAAGCCUGCUUUUUAAUCACAACUUUUACUAUUAAAACAAAACUUUUGAAAGACUUGCUGAGAUUUUUGUAAUGGUCCAUAUUCCAUCAUUCUGAAUAUUGGAUAACCAUUUAGUAACUUAAUUAAAGAAGAAUUUUUUUUUUUAAAUGUUACCAUAUAAUAGUUCCCUAGGUUUCCUUUGUCAUAUUCUAUCUUUCCUUUCACCCCAUGAUUUUUUUUAGUUGUUUUUUUUCUCUUGAUCAUUAAGUGACAGUAUGAAAAGAUUUUGAUUGAUUUCCAAAACAUUUAAAUUAUUGCUAAACUGCAUUUAUUUAAUCAGGAUCUAGUAAAGCUACAAAUAGAUUACAGUCACUUUGUGGGCCAGUGUUUGGAAAAAUUUAUUGAGAGUAAAACGCUGCAUCCCGACUUUGUCUCAUCUCAUGGUCAUACAGUGUUCCAUCAGCCAGACAAGGGACUGACAUUUCAACUGGGAGAUGGGGAAAUCAUAUCAACAUAUAUCAGGUAAAGUAUUGUAAAAAACGAUGUUCAUGUGCUGGGACUGUGGGUUAACUAGAGAGAAGGGUUAAAUUGGAGUUUAACUAGAGGGAGACAAUGCUGGAAUAUUAUAUUAACCAAAGGGGCACCUUGAUACAGGAAUAGAAAGAGACUUUUUUGGUUCAUAUUCGAACGUUGUUUUGAUUUAUUUCAAUUCGAAAGAAGUGUUUUCAUUGGACCUCACUAAUGACUAUUUCAAUGUUGUAAGCAAUCACCAAUUAUUGCUUUGCAUGUUAUGGGUGUACAGAACACUGAAAUUAUCUCACAUAUAACUAUAUGUGGGAUAAUUUCAGUGUUCAGCUCACUAAAUUAUUUUUUCCUUUUUAUUAUAUUUUAUUUUACAUAAACAGUAAGAUAAGUUAUGAUAUAGUCAGCCAAACAAAUGUAGACUUCCAGCAAAUGCCUUCAUAACCAUUAAUAAAGCUGAACUUAUAUUGUUUUAUAUACACAAAUUGUUUGUGUCUAAUUAAGCUACCUUAAAGUUUUAUCACAGUCCGACACUCUUAUAUAAUUUACAGACGCGUAAUAAGACAGCAUACCAGACCUACUAGUGGCUAAACAUGUCGCUAUUCAAUAGUUUGCCUUGGGGAAUACUUAAUUUUAUGACCACUUCUCUCUAUAAAAUGAAGAGAGGAGGGGGGAAUAUAUAAGGCAUCUAUUUUGUGAUUGUUCUGUCCCCAAGAUCUGUUGGUAAAUAGUUAAUUGGAUUGAGUUCAUGUUCUCGCACCUAAGGUGGAAAGUGUACUUAUAAAUUCCAAAACCUAAAAAUUCUUCUACUACAUUAUACUACAUAUAAUAAUUUUACAAAAACAUUUUUUUUUUAACUUCAAAAUAUUUUAAAAUGUUACCCUUUACAGAAAGUUGCAUUCACAACAGAAAUGUUCUUCUUUAGGUGCCCAUUUGUGUGCAACUUUCGCUCCAAAGAUGUGUCACUUGGAGGCCAGGGUGCACCACUUGUACCUUGUGGUGAAAAGUUUUUGUUCCAACAGACAGAUUUGUGUAUCAAUCUUGGUGGAAUUGCAAAUGUUGGAUGUAAGGUUGGUAGGAAUAUAUAGCUCUGUUAACAGUAAUAUUUAUAAUAUUUAUUAUCUCUAGAUUAGAUCAAGAUUUAAUAUUGUCAUGAAAUCGAUUCCAAUUAUUCCAUUGGUCAAGGCUGCAGACUUUCUCAAUUCUUAGGAAUUGUCUGAGGCUCUACAAGUUCUUAAACAUGAUAAAUUAGACCCCACUUAAAUCACCAGAAGAAAUAAUGAUCAUGUUGAUUUUAUUAUGCAGUAAGUUAUUGACUUUGAUAACUUUUUGAAUCCAUGAUUAGAUUUUAUGGUGUAACCAUUUUAAUUGAAGUGUAAUUUCUUCCAGGGUGACAAGGGCUUUGAUGUGUGUCCAUGUAACAUUGUCCUUAACCACCUGGCUUCAAUUCAUGAUUCUGGCCUGAAGUAUGACAAAGGGGGACAAUUGGCUGCUUCAGGUCAGGUUAUUCCUGACAUUUUAACAAAACUGGAUGAGUUGUCCUACUAUAAACAAACAGGCCCACGAUCUCUGGGGUUUGAAUGGGUCUCAAAGAAAGUGUUUCCUCUACUCAAUGUAAGUAUUUGCUAGACUCUAGUAUACUUCUUCUUCUAUAUAUUAAGGGCCCACGAUGAAAGAAUUGAUCAUUCUGGCUCAUGUAGGCCCGAAAAAAAUUGCUCCACAUAGUCUUGUCAAGAAAUUACACACUGCAACACGACUGAGUUUGUUAUGAGUGAAAAAGUUCUGCUUCUAAACAGUUCAAGAAACUUUCAGGUCUAAAAAUAUCCAACUAUCCUUUUUAAUGCUAGAAUUUUAAGUGCUAUAGUUACAGUUAGAGCAGACCAGGGAUAUGCAUCAAGGGCCUGAGACUUUGAAGGAAAAUCAAGCAAAAUGCAUAACCAGGAAUAAUUAACAUAGAUAUAAUUAGAGAGAUUGUGAAUGUAAUGAGAAAUGAGAGUUAGUAAUUCAAAAUGAUUUGGUUAGAACAUCUAUCAAAUACACUCAGAUAAAAUUGUUUUAGCCAAAUUUUUUUUAUUGGUUACAUAUAAUUUAAAAUAUGACAAGAACUUGUCAACUAUUUUAUUUAUAAUUUGAGAAAAAGAGCUAAAGAUAUAUUUUAAAGUUUUGAAUAGAUAUUUUUUUUAAACACAUUUGCAAAUAUUGUAGCUUUCAAAUUAACUAAGUGGGCAGAAGGCUAUCCCAGUAAAUAUAGUCAAAGAGUUACUGUUUAAAAUAUAUUGUCUUUCACAGCUUAUUAAUUCAAUAAGUCUUUCAAAAGUCUGCCCUAGUAAUCUUUUUAUAUUACCAGUUUAAUAAAAAUGAACAUAUUUCUUCACUGUAAAAAUAUCUUCUAUUGUGAAUAAGAUAAGUUGCAAUCAGUUCAACUAUUUAACUUACUUUGAUACUGUUUGAAUAAUGUAUACUGGUCUUCAUGUUGCAUCUGUCAUUAUUAGAACAUAUAUUAUCUUUUAUUUAUGGAUUGGUUUAUUCAUUUUUUGUUGUCUUAUCCUUUCAUAAAAUUCUAAUUUGUUUAAACACAGACAGAAGAGCAUUCCAUUCCUGACCUCCUUAGUACAUACGUUGAACAUAUCACAGAACAUGUGGCCAGCUGCUGUGUCAAGGCCAUCAAUAAACCAAAGGGGACAGUUCUAGUGACAGGAGGCGGAGCAUUCAACACAACACUCAUGCAGAAGUUGAAAGAAAAACUCUUAAAACACAAUAUCAAAGUAAGAGUUGAAGGAAUAUAUUUUACAAAUUUAUUCACUUGUUUGUGAGUUUGGGAGGAUUAAGCUUAUAAGCCACAUAUUACUGGCAGCUUAACGAGCUUCAUCAAACUUAUUGCUUAAUUAUAAAAUUGAUGGAUGAUUUUCUCUGCGUUAGUGGUAUCAAGGAAAUGGUGGAACAAGAUAUGUUCCGGCUUGAAAUAAAAAGACAGGACAUUUAAAAGAACAUUUAGGCUAGAUGCCUUCUUCAGCAGUCAAUACAAAACAAAAAAUAAUGAUUAAUUGGAAAUCAAAAAGUUAUGUGUUACGAAAUCUCAUUGAAGUCUAUGUAGCUCUAUGUUUAAACCUGGAAGCGCUCUGUAUUAGAGAAGGAAGUUUAGUUGUUAAAAACCAAAAUGUGUGUACCACAUGAUUCAAUGUUGCAAAUGUUUUUUAUUUAUCAAUAAAACAUAGAUGUUUCCGAAUUUCUGUAUGCCUUGAAAUAUUUCUGGAAUAAUUUAUUCUAUGCUUUCUCAUCAAUAUCAUAUGUAUCAUAACUUUGUUCAUUUGACCUCAUCCAAGGUUGUUGAUACUGAUGAUGAAAUAGUGGAAUACAAAGAAGCUUUGAUUUUUGCAUUCUUGGGCCUACGAUCACUGCUGAACAUGGAGAAUAUCUUCAGCUCAGUGACAGGAAGUAAAACAGACACAGUGUCAGGGAGUAUCCACCAUGGAACCCAGUGCCACAGCAAACCAAGUCUUCAGGAUCGAUUUAAUUUCAUGAUUCGGAAGAAAAGUUUAGGUGUUAAUGAACUAAGGAUUAUCAGAGAGAAGUAAUGUAGAGACAGAGAGGGAUUAUUUCAAUGUGUUGAGAAGUGAGCGGGAUAAAUUCUAGAGACAAAGAGGGAUUAUAUUAAUGUGUAGAGAAGUGAGCUGGAUAAAAUGUAGAGACAGAGAGGGAUUAUAUCAAUGUGUAGAGAAGUGAGCUGGAUAAAAUGAAGACACCAAGAGAAGUGAUCAAGAUGAUGGGUUGAAAUAUUAUUUUAAAGAAAAUCUUGAAAAUAAAUUUCGCAGAUUUUCUGAACAUUCGCCCUUUUUAAGCCUUAAUAAUUAAUUAGUAAACAAAAUUGGUGCAGUUUUUAGUAUUUUUGAAAACACCUAAAAUAUUUCUCUCAGAGCUCAGCUUUUGGAGAUAACUGUAUCAGGAAAAUGCUAUAACAGUUAUUUAUUUCUUGGAAGAUGCUGUUAAUUUUCAGAGGUUUUUUUAAAUUUAAAAAAAAAAAUAAAUAAAUAUUUAAUUUUUAAAAAGAAGAUCUAAAUAUUGAAUCGUUUAAAGUGAUUAUUUUCUUUAGAGAUUUUGGUUAAUAAUUUAUUUAGCAAGAGUGUUACAAGAAAAUUAACAAAAUAAAUUAAUAUCACUCCAAAAGGUUUAGGCUACACUUGCAUGAUUUUGAGAAAUGAAUUUAUUUUUUAAGGUGGGAUGUAUGUGACACAUAAGAUAUUAGCCAAACACAGGUCUGUUGUUUCCUGAAAGAAUCAAGUGAAGCUGAUUAAAUUUGUUUUAAGUUUAAACUUGUGUUCAAAUGACAUCAAUAUUUUGAAAGAAAGGUUUUGUUCUCUUGGGCUAUCUGCUCUGGCUUUUUAACCAACGCUUUCAUUUGAUUUAUACCUUUCAACUCAUUCAUAGCUGCAGCUAAUGGCUGAUGUUAUUAAAGGAGUAUAUUGUGUCCCUAGCACCUGUUAAGACACAUUUUUUAAAUAUCGUCAUGAACUAAUAACCCAUAGAUUCACACUUAAAUUGGAGUAAAACUCAUUGACUGUUAAAGUGAGCCAUUUUUUUUAAAUUUAUGAGUUGUUUUUUUUAAAUUCCCUUUUGCUGUAAAGAAAUGUGCAUUUGUAUGUGAAUAUUUUUUGUUGCAAUUUUGCAACUGACUAAUGGCAUUUCAUAUCAAUUCAGUGUGUACAUAAUAAAUUUUGAACAUAUGUAUUUGAAUUGUCUUUGUUCUUUAUUCAAUAUAAAAAAUCUAUUAAACAUUUCCAAAGAAAUACAUAUGUCACUUGAG